UAGAAAGCCUGUCCUCCCGUCCGCUAGCUUUAAUGGGUGUCUCCCACUCAACGAUGCCAGUGGAGUACAAAGGGGCGACGAGGAAGGAGGGAUCACCACUGUCCUAUUCGAGUUUCCUCUGCCUUCUUCGAUCGAGGCGCGCGCCUGGACGAUGAUUUCCCUGGCCAUUUCUCUCCUUUUCUGCUCGCUCUCGGUCUCGCGCGCGCAGCUCAUCCCCGCGGCCUUCACGUUUGGCGAUUCCACCGUCGAUGCCGGCAACAACGACUACCUCAAGACGAUCUUCCGGGCCAAUUUCCCGCCCUAUGGCCGGGACUUCGACACCAAGCAGCCCACUGGGCGAUUCAGCAACGGGAGAACUCCCUCGGAUUAUCUCGCGGCUUUGCUGGGACUGCCGCUCGCUCUCCCAUACUUAGAUCCCUCAGCCAAGGGGCAAAACAUCGUCACGGGUGUGAAUUUCGCAACGGGAGGAUCUGGAUACCUGUCAGAGACUGGAGCGACGCUGAAUGUGCCAGGUCUGGAUGGCCAGCUCCAGUGGUUCAAAUCCUACACGCAGAAUCUCGUCAAGAUCGUCGGGAAGGCGAAUGCGACGAACAUCAUCUCGCAGGGGGUCUACACAUUGAGCACUGGCAGCAACGAUUACGUCGCGAAUUACUACGUCAAUCCCCUCGUCCAGGAGAAGUAUAGCAGGAACGCCUUUCGCUCGCUGCUCCUCAGCUCCUUCACCCAAUUCACCAAGGCGCUCUACAGCUUGGGUGCUCGCAGGAUCGCGGUGGUGAGCAUGGCGCCGCUGGGAUGCCUGCCAUCGCAGGUCACCCUCUACGGGAAAGGAUCGCUCAGCUGCGUCGACUUCGCCAACCGCGACGCUCGCCUCUUCAAUCGGGCGCUCAACUCGACAGUGACAUCGAUCAGAGCAAGCCUCAAGGACAUCAAGCUCGCCUACAUUGACAUCUACCCGCUGGUCGAGGACGUUAUCAAGAACCCUUCCAAGAACGGGUUUGAGCAGACCACCACUGGGUGUUGCGGCAUCGGCAGGCUGGCCGUCAGCAUCCUUUGUAACGAGCAUUCAAUCGGGACGUGCAGCAAUGCCAGCAAGUACGUGUUCUGGGACAGCUUUCACCCAACCAGCACCAUGAAUCAGCUCAUUGCAAAUACUGCUUUCAACCAGGGAAUAGGCCAACUCCUGUGAAAGAGAGAGCUCUGUGUAGGAUGUAUUAAUGAAAAGAGGAUUGAUCCCUUGUUGUUAAGGCAAA